AUGUCUUCGAACAACGAAUCAUCGCAGCCCAUCCUCUCGCUCCGCUUCGAGCAGCCCUAUGGCGACCGCGAUGGCGUCCUCCAGCUCAAUUUACCAGAUCUCGACGGGUAUAAUGAUCUCAUUAUAACCUCAUUAGAGAACAAGCAGAAGCGCCCCGUAACACUUUUGAGCCCCGGUCUGAAUAAAGAGGGAAAAUUGGAUAUCGUCGCCUCCCUUUGCUCCGGACUCCUGGAAUUGAUCGAGCAUGAUACAAAAAAGUUGAUCAUCUUCCCGCGUGGACCCGAGGAGCCUGUUGUCGGAAAUUUACUAGUGAAGCCCUCGGACGCAUCCCCACGUAGCAGACAUUACACCGGUAUGACAUACAACUCAACCGCUGCAAUCUGGAAAGGCACCGUACAGGCUGGAAAAUCCUACGUCCUGCGUUUUGCAUCCCCCGAGGCCAACAACGACGACACAGACAAAGUAUGGUGCCGCUUCCGGGACGCCCCCGCCUCCGCGACCAAAAGGCUGCCCGUCCGCCUGGAGCGCGCAACCAGCAGCCUGCGCUUCACCGUCCGCGCCGACCUCCCGCCACCGCGCUUCUCUGCCGUCUUUAGCGUCGCUCCCACUCCCGUCUGCCACAUAUCCCCUUCGGGGGACAAUUACCCCUCCGCGCCGUUCAAGUUCGUCGCCGAGAUAACAUCUGAUGCGGACCAGCCCGUCACCGUACUGCAUUGCAUCGACGUCGCUACAGACGAGGAGAUGGAAUUCCCGGCCUGCUUCCAGUGCUUCGAUAGCGAUCCAUGGGGCUCGUUCCCGGAGGAUGGCGAUUUUGUCGAAGUGAGGCCCGGCGGGGUGUGGCGGUGGGAAUACGAACUUGAUGAUCAGCAUGAUUUCGAGAGCGGGCACAGGUAUGAGGUGCAGCUAUCGAACCGGGCGAAGAACGGAUUUGACAUGUGGAUGUUUGGGAAGAAGGAGGACUUGUUGAGAGGAACAUUAAAGGAGAAGAUGGAGAGAUGGAAAUAUGCGAAGGCGCAUGGGACUAUCUCGGCUGUGCAGGCAAAUGAGCCAGUGACCUUUGAUGUAGUGGUUGACUGA